AUUUUGGAAACAUUAUCAUACAAUCCACCAGUAACAAAAAUGUCAAUAUUAAAUUAUUUUAAGGCUGAUUCUAUUCCUUGUGAAAAACAUAGCGACAUUGAUAAAAAGGAGAUGAUGGAAGUGGAAAUUUUGUAUGCAUAA